CUUUGGACUGUCUUCCUUGUAUUGGGUCUGCCUCGGCCCUCGAAGUACCAGGCCAUUGGAACGAGCUCACAAGUACCAGUACUAGUACCUACUCACGCAAGUAAACUCAAGUCUAGUCAAUAUGGAUGACCACGACAACCAAGAGCUCUCCACGACCCCCACUCCAACAAGUCACCUCCAUCUCCACCGCAGCAGAAGCCAUAGCUCGCACUGGUCGCCCACUGAGACACCAACACAUCACAAUGUAGGGACGUCCUACUUUCCUUCUUCAUCACCGACACCGCGGGCACCGUACCCUCAGUCAUCAAUGAGCCGUAGUUUAUCAAACAGCCGCACCCGCAGUACCAGCAGCUCUCGUCGUCCUCGUCCUCUCAUCAGAGACAACGACGGCGUGCUCAGCCAGGAUGAAGAGCCUAGUUAUGAAGACUACGUCAACGACAGAGGUGCUGGCGCAAGCAGAAACCGUGGCAAAGGCAUUGUAUCCUCACAAGAUCAACAGGAACCGGAAGAAGAAGAUGAUGCUGAUGAAGAAGAAGAAGAAGAAGAAGAAGAAAGGGACAGUGAAGAACGAGAGACAGGCUCGGAACAUGGCGAAUCAAACAACAGAGAUGAUGACGAUCCCAUUACAGUUAAAGAUCGCCAGUCCCUCAUCAAUGUCGAGCACCCUUUUGGUUUGCCCAUCUGGAAACCCGCGUUGUACAAGAAAUCCCGCUCCGUCACUCGCCAUGCAGAUGCUGCCCUACACUCCGUCCCUUCUGCUCAAGCAGAGCGCCACCUCCUCCCGGGAAAUAUUUUCUGGGUUGUCUGCUUUGGCUGGUGGCUUGCACUGGCCUGCUUUGCUGUCUCUGCUUUGCUGUGUCUUGUUCCACUUGGUGGCAGACGCUACGCUGUCCUCAUGUUCGGUUUGGGCUGGUACCUUGCAUGGCCAUUUGGUAAGUAUGUAAAAGGGGAUGCUGAGGGCGACGACGAAGAAAGCACAAUCACACCUGAGGGUGUUGAGCCUAGUGGUAGCGCUAGCACUGUCGGUGGCAAUCCAUCCCUCUCUCGCACCCCCACCAUCACUGCCAAUACCACCAGCGAGCGAGCUCUUCUUCGUCCUCCAGCCCCCUGCAAAUCCUACGGAGCUGCCCCAAGCCCAACCGACCAUACGCCGUAUGAAAAGAUCUCCGCUGACUGGUUGGGCAGGGCCAUCUUCUGGAUCCUAUUCACAACCCUCGUGGCCCCACUCCUUCUGCUCACUUGUAUAGCCUGCUGGGCACUUAUCAUCACUGUCCCAAUGGCCAAGCUCAACUGGGCUCUCAUCAAAUACAUCUUCGCAUCUCCUACCCGUAUACGCUUCUGUGCUGCGCCACUCGUCCCCCCUAGUGCAGUCAAGACACCCCGUCUCGCAGCUGGUCAGGCUGUCCCCUCUACGUCUGGCCAUAAGAGCACCGUACUGCUAUGCGUCUAUCGGGCCGUUGGAUGGCAAUACUACAAAUACACUGUCGGGGGCGUUAACAUCAUUUUUGUCAACCUCCUCCCACUUGUCUUCUUCGUUAUCCUCGAUGGGUUCGUGCUCAUGCCUAUUGCAGAAGGUUUGGAGGAGGCAGGCGAGCAUGUCCCUCGCAUCCUCGCCCUCGUUGCCUCCAAGGCACUCAUUUUCCUCAUGAGCCUUGCGAGCGUCAUUCCUCUCUCUUACUUCAUUGGCAUGGCUGUGGCGAGCAUUAGCGCCCAAAGUUCUAUUGGCAUGGGUGCCGUUAUCAACGCCACAUUCGGAAGUGUCGUUGAAGUCGUCCUCUAUUCUAUCGCGUUGACUCAAGGCAAGGGGCAUCUCGUCGAAGGGUCUAUCGUGGGAUCUUUAUUAGCGGGAGUAUUGCUGAUGCCCGGUAUGAGUAUGUGCGCGGGCGCGCUGAGGAAGAAAGAGAUGAAGUUCAAUGCCAAGAGCGCAGGCGUAACAAGCAUGAUGUUGAUCAUGGCGUUUAUUGGAACGCUAACACCAACAUUGUUCUAUCAAACAUAUGGGAAUUUCCAGCUAAUUUGUAGCGGAUGUCCUGAUGGCUCCACCCAUGGCUCGUCCGAGUGGAGAUGCGACCAGUGCUACUACCAACACCCUGACCCUGUCGAAGAUCCAUUUUAUCAGUCUACAGUGAAGAGCCUCAUGUACUUCUGCGCUGUAAUUUUACUGUUUUCGUAUUUGAUCGGCCUGUGGUUUUCUCUCCGCACACAUGCAACUCAGAUAUGGCAGAAUCCGCAACCGCUCCUGCAGCCCCUCGAGCUUCCAACCACGCACCCAUCUCGUCUCUCGCUUUACCAACAUACCCGUCCUCAUUCCAAUGCAACCACAACAACUACAGCGCAAUCCCCGCCGUUCCAGAUUCCACCGACUAUUCGCGAGCCACGUCCGCGACCGGAGGAGUCCCGUGAACGGACACGACCGGAGGAUGAUUCUCGGUUUCAGACUCCGGCCCCACGUCUGGCCGCGGCAACGGCGAAUACGGCGUCCCCCAUUUCCCCUUCGCUGGCCCGACGUGUUUCCUACGCCCCUCACCCUACCCCCCAAAGUGCCCAAUCUCAAGCACAAUACACACCCCUUCUUGAGUCCGUUGACCAUGCCAUCAAGUCUACCGGUGCCCUGCCCCUGCCCUCUACUAUGUCCACUGAUGACUUCACGCGUGCCGUAGCUGUCGCGACCGUCAGCGCCCUCCGGCACCAGCACGCGCAUACUCGAGCGGCCCGUGCGAGUGUCGUUGAGGAGGAGCAUGGAUCAGCACAUGGCCAUGAAGCGCCAGAGUGGAGCCGUGUAACGAGUGCAGCAGUAUUGCUGUCAUGUACGGCUUUAUAUGCCCUCAUUGCUGAGCUCCUUGUGGAUAUGGUGGAUGUCGUGCUGAAAGAUUCUGGCAUCGAGGAAAAGUUCUUGGGGAUCACUUUGUUCGCUUUGGUGCCUAAUACCACAGAAUUCAUGAAUGCUAUCUCGUUUGCUCUGAACGGCAAUAUAUCGCUGAGCGUCGAGAUUGGCUCUGCCUAUGCCUUACAAGUCUGUCUACUCCAGAUUCCAGCCAUGGUUGCGUUCUCCGCAUGGUAUGCACCCGAUAAAAUGGGUGAGGUCGCAAAUGCAUUUACGCUCGUAUUCCCGCGCUGGGACGUCAUCGCGAUCAUCUUGUCCGUUUUUCUGAUGACCUACACCUAUAUCGAGGCCAAGAGUAAUUACCACCGUGGAAGUAUUCUCAUUCUGAGCUACGUUGUCCUUGUUUCCGGAUUUUAUUUUGCCCCGCGGAACUCUAAUGAUCAAGAAGACAUGGUUAUGGCUGGAGAUGUCGGAGCACUUUCUGUCAUCUCACAGCUGUAUGCGGCCUUCUGGUCGUAGACUAAUUUCUCUUACCAAGGAUACUCGCAUUCGCUCGAUAUCAAUACUCAUACAUUGUGGCAUGUUUGUGAUACGACCGUU